AUCGCGAUUUCGUGAAAGUGAUCAAUUUUCCUAUUUUAUUAUGAUUUCUUAGUUAGUAUGUCAAUUAUUUUCAAUUAAAUAACAUUAAUUAAUAUUCAAGAAUAUAGUCAACAUAUAUAAAGGCGAUAUUUUAGGUUUUUAAGGGUCUUACUAAGUGUUUAUCUGCUCACAAGCAAGGAACAAAAAACAGGUAAAUAUUAGGUACCUAACUCCCUGAAAAACGAAUUACUCCGACAAUAAUUUUCUAUGAACACUGAAAAUAAUUAAAUGACCCUUGGCAUAAAAUAAAAAAGGAUGAAUUUAAGAAAGAAAGAAAAAGUGAAAUGUCCAUAAACAUUUUGUAAUUGAUCGUAAAAAUAAAAAUACUAGAAGAUUACAGCCUAUAAUUAAGUCCCAUUUUUGGGUACAGACUCCUGUAUGAGAGAGGAACAAAGCAUACUUGACAGCUGAACUGGAAAAAUAAAUAAAAAAAUGUAUAAAAACAUUCAAAACGACCAUGAAAUUAUUUCAAACGUACAAAUUAACAAACAAAGCAACGUAAAUUAUGAAAACAUUAAUAUAAAAUGUGAACUAAUUGAUGAUGACGAGGAAGAAGAGAGAGAAAAAGAGAGUGCAACCGACGAUAACGGUUAUAAUACCGAACAUAUUCUGAAUAACAUCUGGAAAAAUAAACCGAAAGAUCUGUCCAUUAAUGCUGUUAACACAAGCCUGAAUAACAAAAAUACUUUAAUUUUAGAGAAUCCAAAUACUACUAACGAUAGUAAAACAGUCUUUACAAGCAAUUCGGUUCAAAUAGUAGUCAAACUAGAGCCUGUAGAAGAGUAUGAAGAACAUGGAGAAGGGAUAGCGACAGGAGAAUUGGAAAGAGAUAGAAGUAUGAAUCCGAGUGAGCUGGUUAAAACAGAGAUCGCAAAUGACCCGUGUGAUGACUAUCAUUCUGUAUUUCUUCAGGAACGUUCACAAGAAGAAACACCAUCAAUUUCGCCCGAACCGAACCCAACAAGUCUGGGCAGGAAGCAGAAUUUAAAAAAGCUGCUCCCUUGUCCACAUUGCAACAAGACAUUCAUAAAGAAAGGCCAUUGGACCCGCCACCAGGCCGUGCACAGCGGCGCGAAACAUUUCACUUGCGACAUAUGCCAGAAACAAUUCACAGCCAAAUCAAACCUUGUGCGGCAUAAACACAUACAUACAGGCUUUAAACCGUUCUCCUGUGACACCUGCGGGAAGACCUUCAUUGAAAAGUCCUAUUUAGUCGCGCAUUUAAAGACCCACAUAGGUUUAAAAACUUUCAAAUGCUCGGAGUGCAAUAAAGGAUUUUUAGAUAGAGCUCAUUUGUUAAGACACGAGCGAGUUCACACAGGGGCAAGACCGUAUCAGUGUGCGGUCUGUCAUAAACAGUUUACUCAAAGCGCUCACCUAAGUUGCCAUAAGAAAAUCCAUUUAACGAAGAAGGUUUAUUACUGUGACAUCUGUAAACAAGGUUUCAUUGACUUGAAAGACCUUUUUGAGCACAACAAAGUCCAUAUAGGGGAAAAGGCGUUCAGCUGUGAGGUUUGCCAUAGGCAAUUCAGCCAGAAUUCUCACUUAGCGGAUCAUAUGAGAAUCCACAACGGUUUACGGCCAUUUAUAUGCUUUAUUUGCAACAAGACAUUCAGCCAAAGCUCAACGUUGAAUCGUCAUGUCAAAAUACACAGCGGGGAAAAGCCGUUUACAUGUGAAAUAUGUCAAAAGAAAUUCGGUCAGAAAUCGCAUCUGACCAAGCAUUACUUGAUGCACAGUAAACACAGUCAUAUUCAAGUGACCGAACUGAUUGAGAAGUUAAACCAAAAAAUUUUAAAUAACAGUACGGAAGGUGUAGGCGAUGAAAUUAUAAUAGGCACAUAAAGUAUUAGGGACUAGGUAUAUUAUUGUAUUUUUUUUCUUAAUGUAUUGCAGAUGAAGUGUAGAUAAAGAGUAUUAACUCAUACUCCUUAAUUCCGGACACCUAGUGCCUAUUUUGGUGCACAGAAACUUAAUCUAAUUUUACUUUGACAGCUCUGAAAUUAAUGCCAUUCUUCACUUAUGAUACGUGCAAGAAAGUGACGCAACUACUUUUAGUCCUGUCAAAUUGGUGUGAUAGGGCCAUUGGCCCCGAUUCCUGCAGAGACAUCUUAAAUUUAUUUUAAGUUAUACCUGUCAUUUUCUUAUCCACCGAAAAGGAAAGGGACAUAUAAUCGACAGGCAUAAAAUUUAUAGAACACACGUCAAUUUUAGGCAGGACUUUUAAAAGCCCACCCAAAUUUAUAUAUUGGCCAAUAACCCGACAGAAGUAAGUUGACAGCACACGUCAAACGGGUUGCGUACCAGCGAGAUGCCUAUUUUAUUCGCCCGGGUUAUUCAUUCAUUUUAACAUUAACCGUUGCCAAUCAUCCGUCUCUUUCCUUUUCGACGGUGAAGAAAAUGACAGGUAUAACUUAAAAUAAAAUUAGGAUGUGUCUGCAGGAAUCGGGGCUAAUGUCAGGUUAAGUUUGUGUCCGACUGAAUUGACGCCAGCAGUGCAAACGUGCAACUGUAAGGCCGUGGACCCAUGUCUACGGUGCGGCACAGCCCUACCACCGGUACGCGUCACGACCGGUGGCAACCAUAAUUCCAAAAUAACAGUUUUUGUCUUGAUAAGGACCGCGAAAUCAAAAAGACGACGUCUAAAACGUCUGAGAUUUUAUGCAAAUAAAAUGAACACGUGCGCAUUAUGCAACAGUAAAACACAAACUAGCGAACAGUGCGCUAGCAGCGCAACCUUCUGCCAAUGGCGGCGCCGUGCCGGCCCACGGCGGCCGGUGCCGCGCCGCAGACAUGUGUCCACGGCCUAACCGGAGCACGGACCUCAUGUAACGCGCGCGACGCGAUACUGGUUUCAGGCAGGCACUUAUGUUGAUAAAUUAAUGAUAAUUGUUUUUUCAGUGGAUUGGAUGUGCAUUUUUAUAUUAAAAAAAUAUUGGAAGAAGUCUGUGUUUUAGACAGAUAAAUGUUAAUAUAGUUGUAAUAGUUAUAAGUUAUGUAUUCAAAGCAAUAAAUGUAAUGACAAAACAUUUUGUAGCAAUUGAAUAAAGAUUUAAGACGUAAGAACA